CUCUCUCUGUUUGUUUUGGGGGAAGUGCUUAGUCAACCCAAAGGGCUUUAAAAGCAACAGGGGUCCUCUGCCUGUUUAUGUGGGUCACAGAGAGAGAGAAGACAGAGAGGUAGGUCCAGUCUAGGCAGCCAGAGAGAGACAAUGCGCUCUCUCGUGUUGGUGUGGCUGUGUGCGGCCCUGCCAGGUCUGCUCUGCACCCUGGCAGUCUCUCUCGAAGUAGAAGGGGACAAGGACCCCUCCAGGAUCUGCAAGCCUGCCCCCCACUGGGAGGUGCAGGGAAAGGCACCCAUGCAAGAGCUGGUGGGAAACGUGGUUGUGGUGGCGCUGCUGAAGGCCAGCUGACAGUUCUGUCUCACUCAGGCCACCAAACUCGGAGGCCUGCGUGACAAGCUGAACCGCAGCAACUUGACCGACGUGUCCUUCCUGAUAGUCAACGAGCGCGAGCCUCUGUCCAGGGCCAUGUACUGGGAGCUGAAGAGAAGAGCGCCCCCUGGCAUUCCCGUCUACCAGCAGGCUCCGCUGCAAGACGACGUGUGGGAGGUCCUGGAUGGUGAUAAAGAUGACUUCCUGGUGUACGACAGAUGUGGCCUGCUGACCUUCCACAUCGUCUUACCUUACAGCUUCCUAUAUUAUCCCUACGUAGAGGCUGCAAUCAGAGCCACCUAUAUGAAAGAUAUCUGCCAAUGUGCCAAUUACACCCUGCCUGCUGGUGGGAACAGCACCAGGGGGAUGAACCACACAUCCAGUGACAAAACUACACCACCCACAAUCCAAGUGAGCACCGACGCUCCUCCAACUGGUCCUCACGACAGCCAUCAUCAUCAUCAUCAUCAUCCUCAUCAUAAUCAUCAUCAUCACCAUGCCGUUCAUCAGCAUCCUCCCCGCAUUCACCACGAUCCAAGCCCGAAUAAAAAUCACAGUCAAGCUGUCGAUCCAAGUCAGAAUCAAACUCUUCAUCAUCAUCAUCAUGACCAUCACAGUUAUCCACACCAACACCGUCAUCAUCCUGUGAAUACGCAGGGUGCUGGUUAAAUCUCUAUUACCUUUUCUGUCUUUUUAGUUACUUACUUCAUUAGCUAGCAUUUUGGCUUUUGUACGGCGCAAUAUAUUUUGUGUUAAAAUUAGAGAUGUUUGCUAUGAUGCUGUUUUUGAUGUGAUGAAUCAUGAACCUGACGCACUGUGAUGCACUAGAUGGCAUUAAUGUGAUGUAAUUGUGCUUUUAUUUGAAGAUUGGGAAUAUGAAUCUCCGUAUUAUCUAUAACAUAUCAACAAAUCAUAUACAGACUUGGAAUGAGAAAAAAUGACAUUAACUGCAUUUCAUAGUCAUGCAAGAAACUAUACUAACAGAUGAUUAGACAUAGAUGAUAUUUUUGGCCUGAAACUUUACACAUCACUUCCCAAAUUCCCAAACGACAGCAGCAGUUUAUAUGUUUAAUGCAAACAAGUUGAAUCCGUCCUGGGCAGUAAUGUGACUGUGGCUCUCUCUGCUGGCGGGGCCGCAUGUCUCGGCUUUGUGUGGAUGAAGGGACCGGGUCUUUCCCGUCUCCUCCCGCUAAUGAAGCCCACGGUUUUAAACCUGCCUUGCAGGAGGCUGCAGGUGGAUGUGUGAGGAGAGAUGGGAUGGACCAGCUGGCACCUCAGGUCGGACAGAGUUACGGGACGGCAUGCGGCACCACCCAGCAGACCUCAGUUAAAUUACUGUCCAAACUGGAUUCAGUUUCCUCUUCCCUACUACUUUCCUACGUGUGUCACUUCUAGUUCUUGCUGGACAGGACAUGAAGGCGAUGUGCUGUGAUACUAACAAGUCCAGUGUCAGUCUUUACCCAGAUGGGUGUGUUGACAGAAUUUGGGAAGUGGUGGAGUUUAUUUCAUUAUCAUAUUAUAGAUUGGUAAAGGGACUAUAGCAGUACUAUUGGUGUCAUCGCUAUUGGAUUCAGUUAUUUUUCAUUUUUAGACUUGCAGAACUAAGUGAGUGUGUGCAUAUAUUAUGCUGUAGCCACAGUAAUGGAUUCAAGUAGCACACUGAGCAGCAGUGUUGCUGCAUGUGGCUCCUGUCAGUAUCUGAAUCCAGUUUCAGUAACAUUCAGUUCACAUCAGCUGAAUAGAGCAAGAAUGUCAUCAACUGAGUAGAUAACACUACAUGAAAUGUAACAUUUAUUCUCGGCUGCUCGCUUUUCAUCUCAUGAGUCGCUUGAAUGUAGAAUGAGUUUUUAAAUCAUUUUUGAAUUAAAUAGGAUACAUUUUCAA